AUGUUUUUCAAAACUCUAGUAAGAUGUGCUGCCGAGCAAGUGGCCGCUGUCGGUGGGAAAAUAAGAACUAAAUCUAUCCCACCAGUCCAAUUAAAAUAUAAAAAUAUGCUAAAGGAUCCAUCCAAGAAGUACAAGCCAUGCCAACAGGUCAAUUUACCAAACAGACAAUGGCCAAAUAAUAAAAUUACUAAGGCUCCACGUUGGUUGAGCACUGAUUUGAGAGAUGGUAACCAAUCCUUACCUGAUCCAAUGAGUGUGGAACAAAAGAAGGAAUACUUUCAUAAAUUAAUAAGUCUUGGUUUUAAAGAAAUCGAAGUUGCAUUCCCAAGUGCCUCCCAAACAGAUUUCGAUUUCACCAGGUAUGCUGUUGAAAAUGUUCCAGAUGAUGUUUCUAUCCAAGCUUUGGUUCAAUCAAGAGAACACUUGAUUAGAAGAACUGUUGACUCCUUGACUGGUGCUAAAAAAGCUACUAUCCAUACUUAUCUAGCUACUAGUGAUUUAUUCCGUGACGUUGUUUUCCAAAUGAGCCAAAAAGAAGCCAUUGCAAAGGCUAUUGAAGCCACUAAGUUGGUUAGAAAAUUAACUAAAGAUGAUCCUAAGCAAAGUGGUACUAUUUGGUCUUAUCAAUUUUCUCCUGAAUGUUUUAGUGACACUCCUGCUGAAUUUUCUGUCGAAAUAUGUGAAGCUGUUAAGGAAGCCUGGGGUCCAUCCGAAGAAAACCCAAUCAUUUUCAAUUUACCAGCAACUGUGGAAGUCUCUAGUCCAAACGUUUAUGCCGAUCAGGUAGAAUAUUUCUCCACCCAUAUCAGCGAGCGCGAGAAAGUCUGUAUUUCUACACAUUGCCACAAUGAUCGUGGCUGUGGUGUUGCUGCUUCUGAGUUGGGUAUGCUAGCUGGUGCAGACCGUGUCGAAGGGUGUCUAUUUGGUAAUGGUGAACGUACAGGUAAUGUUGAUUUAAUUACUAUUGCCUUAAAUAUGUAUACUCAAGGUGUUUCUCCAAAUUUGGACUUUAGUGAUAUUAGAAGCGUUAUCGAAGUUGCUGAGCGUUGCAACAAAGUUCCUAUUCAUCCAAGAGCUCCAUACGCUGGGGAUUUAGUUGCCUGUGCAUUCAGUGGGUCUCAUCAAGAUGCUAUCAAGAAAGGGUUUACUUUGCAAGAAAAAAGACGCGCUGAAAAUCAUCCAUUGGGCCAAUAUUGGAGAAUUCCAUACUUGCCAUUGGAUCCACAAGAUAUUGGCAGAGAUUACGAAGCUGUUAUCAGAGUUAACUCUCAAUCUGGUAAAGGUGGUGCCGCCUGGAUUAUUUUGAAAACUUUGGGCUUGGAUUUACCAAGAAAUAUGCAAAUUGAAUUCUCCUCUAUUGUUCAAAAUGAGGCAGAUAAAUUAGGUAGAGAAUUGAAGAGUAAAGAAAUCACUGAAUUGUUCAGAAAAAGUUACAAUUAUGGCAUAGAAAACACUAAUAGUGCUGAAUUCAAAUUGAUUGAUUAUGUUAUUCAAAAACCAUAUAGCGAUUCAUCCUCUAAGGAUUCCCAAAAGAGAAUUCUAACUGGCCAGAUCCAAUUUUCUAGUGGUGAUAUUAUUGAUAUUCAAGGUGAAGGUAAUGGUCCAAUUUCUUGUUUGAUUGAUGCAUUAUCUAAAACUUUGCAAGUCAAUUUGGAGGUUACCAACUACACUGAACAUGCCAUCGGUACCGGUAAGGAUGCCAAAGCGGCUUCUUACAUUCAUUUGGGAUAUAGACGUGAAUCUGAUAACGAAAAAGCUUAUCAAUGGGGUGUUAGUGUUUCUGAAGAUGUUGGUGAUGCUCCAAUGGAUUGUAUAGUCUCUACCUUAAAUAAUAUCAUUGCAUCUGAUAAUAUAAUAGUUCCAGAAGAAUAUUUAAAUGACAGCAACAAUACUGCUAAUAAGGUUUCUGCCUAA